GGCGCUGGAGCUGAGUGGAGCAGAGGCGCCAUGGCUCGCGUGUUAGUGGUGGGCGCGGGGCUCACGGGAAGCCUGUGCGCGGCGCUGCUGAGGCGGGGACGCUCCGUGAGCGUGGUGGUAUGGGAGCAGACGCGCGACUCGGGGGGAAGAAUGGCCACUGCCCAAAGCCCUCAUGAUCCGGGGUGCACGGCCGACCUGGGGGCUCAGUACAUCACCUGCACCCCUCGCUAUGCCCGGCAGCAUCAGAGUUUUUAUGAUGAGCUCCUGACACAAGGUAUUUUGAAGCCACUCACUUCUCCUGUGGAAGGAAUGAUGGUGAAAGAAGGGGAUCUAAACUUUGUGGCACCUCAAGGGAUCUCUUCGAUUGUGAAACAUUAUUUAAAAGAAUCAGGGGUGGAGGUCUCCUAUGGCCACCGAUUAACUGAAAUCUACCUUAAAGAUGACAAGUGGGAAGUCCACAAGGAAGUGGGGGCCUCCGAGCAAUUUGAUAUCAUCAUCCUCACGAUGCCUGUUCCCCAAAUCCUUCAACUCCAGGGCGACAUCAAAAACUUAAUUAGCGAAAAUCAGAAGCACCAACUGGCCGCUGUGCGCUAUUCCUGCCGGUUUGCCCUGGGCCUCUUUUAUGAGGCAGGCACACAGAUAGACGUCCCCUGGGCCGCCCAGUACAUCCCCAACAACCCCUCUAUAUGCUUCAUCUCCAUCGACAAUAGGAAGCGAGGCGCAGAUGCAGCUGACUCCAGCCCCUCCGUGGUCAUCCACACCACUACCUCCUUUGGAAUGGCUAACUUGGAGCAGAGCAUUGAGGACGUGCAGGCUGUGAUCCUGCAGCAGGUGAACGGCAUCCUGCCAGGCCUGCCCAGGCCAGCCAGCACCACAUGCCACCUGUGGACGUACUCACAGGUAACGCAGGCCAUUCCCAACAGUCCAGGACAAAUGACUCUUCAUCACAGCCCUUUGCUUGUGUGUGGAGGCGAUGGCUUCACUCGGUCCAAUUUUGAUGGGUGCCUGGAAUCUGCCCUAUGUGUCAUGGAGGCCCUAAAGCCUCAUCUGUAGUGCUCACAUCACUUCGACUUUAUCUCUUAUGGCCCCUCACUGGGAGGUGAUUUUCCCCAAAGGAUUUGAGCCUGUUCUUUGUUCCUCAGAAUAUAUUUUUCUGCUUCAUUGAAUAAAGUUCCAGGGUAGUUGUCCUUCAUAUUCUCAUUUAUCAUAUUGAAUAGAACAUGGUAUAAAAAUUUUGGCAAACAUAGACAACCAUCUGUAUUAAAGUGAAACUCCUGCCAUCUUUUUUAUUUCAUCACUUCUCUCAGUGACCAAAAUGGCUCCUUAUUGGUGGCAAGAUGGCAACUAGUGGGGACAGAGGCCCUGUAGUAGAUCAGGCCUCUUCAAAGUCAUGGAGUCAUCUGCAAUGGGAAGAAGAAGGAAAUCCUUAACAGGAAGUCCUUCCAGCCCAGGCUGUCUCCUUGAAACAUUCUGGCUUAGAAGCUACCUAGCCCCCAGUCUGUGCCUUCUUGGACAUAGGUUUUAAUAGCUAUUUUCUGGCCUGUUAUUACAUGUUAUCCCUAAACAAGCCUGUCUUGGGGUGCAGGGUGUACCUCUGAGGUCUUUCCUAGUUGUGGUUCCUGAAAUUCAGUUUCAGUUUAACUCAAAAUGCCAUGACUUUUCCUGUCCCCUGAGAAACCCAACAAACACACUGCAUUUUAUUUCAGCUUUUCAUGUCUUAUAGAACUGUAGCCUGGGAAAUGAUUAAACCUGACUAUAAAGUGGAAAAAAAUAAAGGAAAAUAUGUGGUUUUGUGUAGUUUUAUUUAUUUUUUUUACAAGAUUGUUGCCUCAAAGAUGGCUCACAUCAAUGCUGCAUGAUGAAUGGUUAUAUUAUGUGUAUAAUGAAAUUUACAUGUUUAAUAAAUUUAACAUAAUUGUAAAAUUUCAUUAAUUUCAAUGCAUGUAUACCACUGCUAGGUCUAUAUCCCAAAGACAUCCAAAAAGAGGGGA